UCGGCUCGGGUUCGCCGCCGCCGUCGCCGCCUUGUCGAAUCGCGCGCGCCUGCUUGCGCUAUCCUCGGUGCACUUGUCUCAUUUCUAUAAGGACUAAGAAAACGGUGGCGGCUGACCGCACGUGCGACUCCUCCACUGGCACGACAGCAGCAGCCACCGCCGUCGCCGCCGCCGUCGCCGCUGCGUCGCCGGCUAAGCACGCAUGGCCGCGCGCACGAAUAAACAACAGGCGUUACUGACGAACGGUCAGAGGGAGCACAGGGGACCAAUUUCUUUUCCUAGAACCACUUUUCCAAGCUAAUAAAGCCACUCGACCUCCGUUGACCCAAGACAUUAAUUAUUGAGCGAAAGCCUUGUAAAUAACAACAAUCGGAACACCUCGCAGUGCCAACAUAUCAGUGCAGAGAUAAAAACAGCAGCGACUCCUUCAGUCGAUCUGCCGCUGCAGUGCGGAAGACGAACGCUUUCGGCUCUUGUUGCUGCUUCGCGUCACGCUCGAGACAGCGUAAACAUCAAGGCAGCAGCACGCACGUGCUUCUAUCUGCUGUUUCCUCGGGUCUCGAACUUCCGGAAAGUCCCUCGCUAGCGUCGAUUUAUCGUAGAGGCGACAUAGGCAGACGAAAUGGAUAUGGCCAACUGAGAGCGCGCGGCGGCUAUUAAUAAGUCGUCGUCGUCGUCGUCGUCGUCGUCGUCAAUGCGCUCACAGCAGCGAGUCCAGCAGUGAAUUCCGACGGCUGCUCGUUGGCCCACUCGGUGACUGCUGCCAAAAAUCGACAACGUGGAUACAAAACAAAACGUGCGCAAUAAAGAAGCCACACUUUUAUCUCAUUUUGGCGGCGACGACGAUGUAAACACGCGCGCGGCCGACACUCACGUGCGACCGAGAGGAACGAUCUGUCGCCGCGUUGCGCUACGAUGUGGCGUAGCAUCUGUGCGAAUCGUUGAAAAUAGACUCGAAGCCGAAGAGAGGGAAAGACUCGAUUCGUUGCCAAGUGACACAGCCAAACAAGUGAGUGAGCGAGGCACGUCUCCCUUCGGUAAGGGAUCGCCGUGAGAAUUCGCGCGAUGCACGGCGGUAUUUUCGCGCGCUUGGUCGCGCAACGGCCACUCGCGAGUGAUUGAGUGUUCGACGGCGGGCUCCAGAUUCGCGAAUUUUCGAGGCUGUCGAUCCGGGACCAAGGACAAGCGCGAUGAGCCAAAAAGGUGCCUGAUAAGAAGCUCAAUCGCGGGCCACGAUAGAACACGACGAGGAGAGGGACGAAGCAGCCGCAGGGGGAAGGACCGAAGGUGAGGAUGUAGAUGCGGCGAUGUCUAGGCAAACCAAGGACCCGGUGCACAAGUGCCACUCGGAUCCGGGCCAGCAACAGCAACAGCAGUCGCACUGCACAGGCGGUAGUAGCGUGGGUAUCGUGCAAAAGCGAGUCCUGGCACGAGCUGGUCUUGCCGGCGCGAGGCACGUGCCUCUCGUGUCGGCGACGCCUCCAGCUCGCAAGUGCGUCCUCACUCUCGACGGAUACAACUACGUUAUCGUUGCGUCUCCGCCAGAACGACGAGAUACGCGAGACGACAUUGGACUGGGUGGUGUCGGAGCCGGUGGAGGCAAUACGCCGGUCGCCGGCACUCCGGCUAGCCCUAGCAGCGCCGUCGGUGCCACGGCACAGCAGGCAGCCGGCAACUCGCCAGCAGCGGCAGCAGCACCGCCAGCGCCAUUGCCCGAACACUCGUCCUCCUCCUCUCCUUCUCCAGGUCGCAAUGGCCAGCUGCCAAGUAUUACAGAGCAAGGCACACUAACGAUAACUCGUCGAAGUUCCGCUAAAAAUCGAACUAAUACAAGUGGGAGCUUCGAAAAUCCCGGUUAUUCCGACAGUCCCGAAGCUUAUCCGCACGGUCAGUCCGUCGAUCUCGAUGAAAUUCUUGACAACGUGGAUUUAGCGACGGAUUCUUUGCCCGCCGUCGAUACACCAGACGCGUGUGAUAAGGCAGCUCUCAGGUUGAGAUGCCUUCUGCGAAAGUUGGAACACGGUGAAAUUUCUGCUGAUCUUCUGCAACGCAAUCUGCGGUAUGCAGCACGCGUGCUUGAAGCAGUUUUUAUUGAUGAGACAAAGGUGACCUCGCGAACGUCGCGUAGGGCGACAGGCCUGACAUCGGCGCCUUCGACAACAACACCACCGCCAGGAGGCGGCUUUGACUCCGAUGGACUACAGAGCCACGCUGUGGCAACUCAGAAGCGGAAGCUUCGCACCCCCGUGUGGGCCAGAGAUGCAGAACGUAUGGAGAGGGAAGCCAGUGGGCAGCAAGGCGUACGUCGUAGACGACUGGCCGACGAGGAUGACGAGCUAUCGGAAGUGCAGCCAGACGCGGUGCCACCCGAAGUGCGCGAGUGGCUUGCCUCGACGUUCACACGCCAAUUGGCUACGACGAGACGACGUGCCGACGAAAAGCCGAAAUUCCGCUCGGUCGCCCACGCCAUCCGAGCGGGCAUUUUCGUUGACCGCAUUUACAGGCGGAUGGCUAACACCUCCUUUUUGCAGUUUCCACCGGAAGUCGUCAAGGUGCUCAAGACUCUGGACGAAUGGUCAUUCGACGUGUUUUCUCUGAACGAGGCCGCGCAGGGCAUGCCUGUCAAGUACUUGGGCUAUGACCUGCUCAAUCGUUACGGCAUGAUCCAUAAGUUCAAAGUGCCGCCAGCUGUGCUGGAGAGUUUCCUCGUCAGGGUCGAGGAGGGCUACUGCAGGCAUCGCAAUCCCUAUCACAAUAAUCUGCACGCGGCUGACGUCGCUCAAACAAUGCACUAUAUUCUCUGCCGUAUCGGCUUAAUGAAUUGGCUAACGGAUCUGGAGGUCUUUGCGACCCUCGUGGCUGCCCUAAUUCACGAUUUCGAGCAUACGGGUACGACGAAUAAUUUCCAUGUUAUGUCCGGAAGUGAGACGGCUCUACUGUACAACGAUCGAGCCGUGCUAGAAAACCAUCACAUUUCUGCCAGUUUCCGUUUACUUCGUGAUGACGAGUGCAAUAUUCUACUAAAUCUUUCAAGAGAAGAGUUCCGCGAGUUCAGAACAUUAGUGAUCGAUAUGGUCUUGGCGACCGAUAUGAGCUUUCAUUUUCAACAGCUGAAGAACAUGAAGAAUUUACUGACACUUGCUGAGCCAACUGUUGACAAAAGCAAAGCUGUCAGUCUUGUACUUCACUGUUGUGAUAUUUCACACCCUGCCAAACGAUGGGACCUUCAUCAUCGAUGGACUAUGCAGUUGCUAGAAGAAUUUUUCCGUCAAGGUGACAAGGAGAGAGAACUAGGCCUACCUUUCUCCCCACUUUGUGAUCGUAAUAAUACAUUGGUAGCUGAAUCACAAAUAGGAUUCAUUGAGUUCAUUGUGGAACCCAGCAUGCAAGUUUGUAGUGACAUGCUCGAAACGAUUCUUCCACCCAUCAAUCCGAAGGAAAGCGUUGAUGAAUCAAAUACAUCAUCGACGGAGAAACUUUUCGAAAUUGUAAAGCCAUGGACAACGUGUUUAGCAGAAAAUAAAAGAAGCUGGAAGGAGCAGGCUGUCAAAGACGCAGAACUUAGGGCACAAAAGGAACACGAAUUAAAAGAAGAAACCGAGAACAACAGUGAAAGUAUUAAAAAUGCAGUAGAAGAGUAAAUACUGCGUAGCAUAAAAAUUUUUCUAAGAUACUGGCUAUAGCAACCACGAGCUCGUUAUCAAACAGUAUUAGUAUUAAAAAUUUUAGCUAUUUCAUUUGCUUUUAAAACAUUCAAGAGAAUUUAAGUAAACGUUAUUAGUAUUUCUAGUGUUACUUUUUAAAUCUUUUCAACAUUUUCAUAAAAAAGUAUGCGAUCAAGAAGCAUGUAAAAAUUUAAAAAGCAAUAUUUUUAUUCAUUAUUAGAGAGACAGGUUGUUCAUAAUGAGUUCGGACUUGAAUUGGAAGUUGUACAAUGAAAUUGAACAUAAGCUUGUCAGUGUAUCUAUUGAGUCAGAAAUGCAGCGCACUAAUUUAAAUCGAGAUUGUACUAUAAUUCAUAUUGCAAUACGUAAAUGAAUAUUUACUGGCAUGGAUAUAAUAUUCUUUAGCGAAGAAAGAAUUUUGAACAAAAUGCUUGAUUUCAUAUUAUUUAAUUCAAUUAAAGAAAAUCAUAUUUCUAAAUCCAAAUUAAAAGAAAUAUCGUUAAAGAGAUUAGUUCUCUAGGCACAAAUUCAUAAAAAAAUCUAAAGCGAUCAAAUAGAACAUCAUUUAUAAUUAUAAUUGAAUUUAAGUUGAUAAUUGUUCUGAAACAUUAUUUAAAAAAAGUCUAACUUUACGAUAAAGAACUGAAAGAAUGAUAAACAAGAAAAAUAAUUUCAUGAGAUAUGAAAAUACUUAAAUACUUUACGUAACAUGGACAGUCUUUUGUAUCGCAAAUAAUAAGAAGGUUCUUAAGGAUUCAGUGUCUGUGAAAAUAAACAGUCAACUUUAAAUUAAGAGAUUUUAAAAAUUUUUCGAAUAUUAAGGAGCAAACAUUAACAAAUCAUACGCUCAUAGCCAUAAAACGCAUAUAUAUAUAUAUAUAUAUAUAUAUAUAUAUAUAUAUAUACACAUACAUAUAUAUAUAAACCCUGCCCUCUAGAAUAAAUAAUAAAUGAUCUGCCGUUUCAAACAAAUGUUUGUAACAGAUCAUCAAUGCGCCAGGUUGUCAAGGGACUACUCAUUAUUAGAAUACUGCUAAUCAUCUUUCGCGUGUAAAUAAUCUAAUAUAUCUACAAAUAAACGCGAUAAGACAUCAAAUACUCAUUAAUAUUAUAAUUUUCCGUCGUUUCAAAAAUACGUAUAAAUAAUUUUUAAUUCACUUUAACUUGCGAGUAAAGCCUAUUUAUUGUUUUAUAUGAAACAUUAGCAAAUUUUAUAAAAAUAUAAUGGUGAAAUAUUUAGUUUCAUUUAAAUUUUCAUAAAAUUUAUAUUUUUAAGAACUUUCUUUUGCAUUUUCAGUACAGGAAAUUGUAGGUAGAGUAUUUGUUUUCUCCAACUUUGGAGAAUUUUACAAUACGUCUAAUCAAAGUAAUUCAGAUAUAUCUUUGUAAGUAUAAUAUAAAAUAUGGAAAUAUAUGUCAGAUAUAUAAAAUAAUAAUACAUUCAGAAAAUGUAGCUACUAAAAGACGCAAUAGAUAAAAUGACAUUGAUUUGGCUCAAAAAUGAAUUAAUAUUCAUACGUAAAAAGAUAAUUAAUUUCUUUUUAUCAUUCAUUUAUCCUGAAAGAAAAUUAAUACAAAUAAAAUUCAUAAAUAUACAUGCGUGCAUACUCUUGAUCAUGUAAUAAAUGGAAAUUUUAUCUAAUAUUCAUGUAUCAAUAAUAGCCUUAUGACACUUGUCGCACAAGACGCUUAUUCCGAAAGUGAGAAAUAUUUUAAUGUGAAUUUAGCAUAUUAUCUGUCAUAUACGAAAAGCGAUGUAUUGUCAGUGAGGCUUAAAGCUGCUUUCUAGAAAUAUCUCGCGCGGGCGCGAGCAUCCGUAUCCUAUAUAUUAAUUCUCAAAAUCUAUAAAAUCGUUCAUUUUGCGUGUUAAAUAAGAAGAAUCGGACAGCUUACUGUAUAUGCAGGCAUAUACCGUCAAUCGUCCUUUACUUCCAUAAGCUUUACGUUUUAACCUGAAUGUCAUCAAAUUUGUCUUAAACUUCUUCAAAUCAUGCAAUAAUAAAGCGCUGAUCGUUUUAAGUAUUGUUCCAUGACAAUUAAAAUGUCAUAUAAUCAUUUAUUAGCGAUGAAUACAUUAAUUAAUUAUCGUUAUUGAUUAUGUAUUGUCGAGUUAUUCAUUUAUUAUUGCAUUAAUCACAAAAAAUGCAGAAAUAUAUUUUUAUUGAACGAUACAGCAGGUAUCAUAAAACAAUAUAGUCAUUUGCGAAAUAAAUUUUGUUUAAUUCCUAACUUUAUUGUAGUGACCAGGUUCUUGAUUGCAAAAAGAGACAAAUUUUAAUUCAAUUUACUUUCCAAAAAAAUAGUAAAAUUUUUAUAAUUUUUUUUACAUAUUUGUAGUUUUUUAUUUAAUAUCAAUAUAUAUUUAAUAUCAUAACUUAAGCAUAGAAAUUAUCAUGGUUAAAUAUAAUUUAAAAAAAUAAAAACAGUUAAUUAUAUAUUUAAAAUAUUAUUUUGCAUUUCAUAAGUCCUUCUUUUCCAAUCAAUAAGAUGGUCGUAGUUAGGAAUACGGCACUUGAAUGUGAAAUUGCUUAUUCUUGUAGACGAACUACUGUCCUUGGAAAUAAUUUCCUGCUUCACUCUGUUGAGUCUUUGAACACCAUUUCUAUAAUUUAUUGCAAAUAAGUUUUGUCUAAAAUGUUGUAAGUAAACACGAAAUUUUUCGUAUAAGUUGGUUAUACCUUAAAAUGUGCACUUCUUUGCAAUGUAUGCCUUUAAAUUAUCUAUAAAUCAUCUAAAUGAAAGACAUCUUUUUCGUUAUUAUCCAGGGAAAAUAAAAUUGAAUUUCUAAUGAAUACAGAACAAAAAUUAAUAUUGACAUAACAAUUUUUUAAUCGCUUCUCGGUAAUUGAACUAGUAAUUUGCAAAUGAAUACAGCAAUAAUUUGUAGGAAAAUAAGCUAACUGAAUAUAAUUAUGGAGAAAUGUAACGUAAAUGGGCCAUUGAUCAUUAUAUGACUUCAAAACGAAUGAAAUUUAAAAAAUUAAUUGAUUCAAAGCACUUUUUAUAUUUUAAAUUCAGUUUGAAAAUAAAUCAAUAUAAGGUAAGUGGAAUUAAUAUAGGAUUAUACCCUAUAUGGGACUAUGCUCGUAAUUUGAAUUUACCCAUGUUAUAGCGAUAUGCCGCUACGGUAUUAUUUUCAUGCUAUCAUCCAGUGACAGUUUCAUUUAUUUAAAUAAUUAUCAAAGGAAAAACAUUUUGUAACAUCUUGUAACAGCCAUUUUAUGCUCAGAUGACCAUUUUUUUUAGUUUUUCAAAUUACUCUAGGGCAAAUAUAUGUCAUUUGCAUUAUUCAAAUAUUUCUAAACGUACAACUUCAAUAGACUAUUCAACACUAUUAACAAUUUUUACUCUUUCAAACACACUCAUCAGAAAUUUUCUAACGUGUAAUUAGGCCACAUGUUGUCCUAAUUAUUUUUACCGUCGUAUAAACCUAUUAAGGGAUUAUGUAGAACAUUAAUAUUGAAUUAUGAAUAAGCAACAAUAAUAUUGCUUCAUAUUUCAAUUUUUAAUUUCUAUUUAUAAUCAGAGAACAAAAUUGGUAAUUAACUAAAAUAAUGUUAGUUAUUUCAAAUAUCAAAAUUAAGACACUUGCUUUUGUUUUAUUUUUCAAAAUCAAUCUUGGUUCAUAAUUACCACAUUGCCGUAUAGUAUUGUUUAACUGAUAGUAUUAUAAAUCUACGAAAUAUUUAUAUUAUUACUCAUUUAUAUUCUACACGUGAUUCAAAUAUGUAAAAACGCUUUUUCCCUAAUAUUUCUAUAUUAAGUACAUUCCCGAAAAGUGAAAGUCGUUUUGGAGUUCCCUAACUUGAGCUAAGUAUCAUUAAAUUAACCGUACGAUGAUUCAUUUGAAGUUACUUAUAUAAGCUAUCGAAUGGACCCUCAUACGUUAACCAAUGCAUCUUUGAUCGUAAAUUACAGCAAUAUACGUAUAGUAGUCCUAUAUUGGGUACACCUGCCUUAGGUUGUUUUAUUAUUACAAUUUUUGUUUUAUGAAAAUAUUAAUUUGUUUUCAUCAUAUCAUUUAAUCAAAUAAUCCGUAUAAAUUCGUUUAACUGUCUUACAGCUAUUGUCGAGACGAACAAGUAAUCGAUUGAAAUGUCUCGUAAAAGUCAAUGUAUAUUCUAAGAAAAUUAAUUUAACGUUUAUAUUUAAACAGAUAUUUAGCGACUAGUUGAUUAAAAUUAUUGAAAUAAUAUAUGAUAUCGAUAGAUUCAUUUUAAAUUAUGUUUAUGUUAUUGUUGAUCAUAUAAAUGAAAAAUUUGUAUGUACUUUAUCAUAAAUUUAUAUUAUACGUAUUUUUAUUUUACAAAAAAGUAAUAGCGAUUAUUUAUUGAACAUCCUAUUUUCAGAAUUACUUGCAACGAUUUCAAAUUAUUGAAAAAGUUAAAGAUAAAUUAAAAUUAUUACUAUACAUGUAAAUAUUAUAAAAUACUCAUUUUUCACUUUUGGCUUUUAAAGUACCUGGAAUUAAACUGUAACUAGACUUUACCUUAAAAGAUUGUAAGGUAAUUACUGAUCUUUAAUAUUUUACCUUACUCUAAGUAAAAUAGAAAAAAAAAUUGAUACUUUAAGUUAUUAUCAACAUAAUUAUAAAAUCAUAAAAGUUGUAUGCAUUCAAAAUAAUUACAAAAUUACUAAUGUACUUUGGAAAUAUAAAGAUUUAUAAAUGAAGUUCAGAAAUUAUUAAAAUAGUUAGUUAAUAUUUGAUGGUAAAUGCAACCACAUUCCAUAACACUUUGCUCUAGAAGUGUGAAAAUGGAGCCCUUCACUAUUAAAACAUAAAAAGUUGACAAUUAUUGAAAGAGGAAAAUUAAUGUUUUAUUGUAAAUUUUCAUGGAAUGUAGAGAGAAUGUAAAACCUUUUAGAUGCAUACGUCUAUAAUGAUGACCAAAUACUUUUUAAGAAAUCAGCACUCGUAUUUUAUAACUGAGAUGUUUUUAUUUUUUGUGGUAAUGAACAAAAAACGAAGAGACCAUUUGAAACUACUUUAAACAUUUCUUCGUAUAGCGGAUAAGGGGCCAAAUGGUGUAAUAGAUAUUUAUACAAUUCGAGCCACGAUUGAUUUCUGUAAAUAUCAUGAAAGGAAAUGUGAUGUCAACUUUGUCUCCAGUACUGUCUUGUAAUAUUAUUAAGACACUAAUAUAUAGCCACUGAUGCAGAAAAAAUCAAAAGUAAUGCACCGUUUGACUUUUAUUUUCAUUUAUCAGUAAUACAUGUGCGUGGUUUUACAGUGAAAUAUUGUUUGCAUGGCAUUUAAUUUAUUUCUGCAAUCGUGUUGAAAUAUAAUUUAUUAUUAAAAAUUUCCUCUAUUGUAUAAAUAAUUAUUAUUUUUUUAAAUGGUUAUUAUCAGAUUUGUCAAGCAAUAUUCAUACAACAAUGGAUACUUUUUUAUACCAUUUAAAGAAUUAAUCGAAAAAAUUGACGACUAUGUAAUGAUAUAUUUUUAAAUUACAAAAUGUAUUUAAUAUUUUAACAUUAUAUGUUUAAAAUUUUGAAAACGAUAAAAUAACAUCAAUUGAGUAGCUGUUUAUCCACAGACGACUUUUUUAUAAAUUUUUUUAUAUCACAUUUUAACUACAACAGUAAAUACUCGUCAUACGUAUAGAUUACUAUCUUGUUUAUUAAAAAUCUUUCCAUUGCAGUAUUCCUUAUCAUAGAAUAGCUGUUUGAAAUAUACGCGCGUUCAAGGUAGGAAAACUUUGUAAUAGAUCAAAGUAAACAGAUAUUAAUUCUUGUGUAUGUACAUGUAUGCAUUGUAAAGAGAGACUAUUGAAUAAUGGCACAGAGUGUAUAUUAUAUAUAGUUGAAUGAUUUAUUUUAAAGCACAAUCUGGUUGCGAAGAUUUGUAAAUAUAACUUAUGUCGGCACUCAAUGUACUUUUCAUGUGUUGCAUUUAAUGUACAAUAAAAUAAAAACAAU